AUGCACUUCGAUGUGCAGAUGACCCCGCUUCUCACCGGACUGCAUAUAUAUACGAAACUCUCUCGUCCGAUUGCUAAUAGACAAGCUCUCAUGGCUACACAGGAUUCUUCAGUCCCAUUCUCAUCCUACAUUCCGCGUGUUGCGAUUGUCACUGGUGCCUCACAAGGCAUCGGACAGGCUAUCGCUCUCCGUCUGGCAGAUGAUGGCAUUGAUAUCGCGGUUAAUGAUAUUCAAUCAAAGCAGAACCAGAUAGACAACGUUAUUGAACAGAUUCGCAAGAAAGGUCGGCGAGCUAUCGCUAUACCGGGAGACGUAGCUGUCGAAGCAGAUAUCUCUGCUAUGGUUGAGAAGACAGCUCAGGAACUUGGAGGUGUCGACAUUAUGGUCGCAAAUGCGGGUAUCGCGCACAUUUCCACACUCCUGGAGACACCUACGGACAAACUCGACACUAUCUAUGCUGUUAAUAUACGCGGUGUCUUUCUCUGUCUGAAAUACGCUGGGCUGCAGAUGGUAAAACAAGGGCGCGGAGGAAGGCUGAUAGGCUACUCCAUAUGCGGCAAACAGGGUGCAGUGAACCUUUCAGCUUAUUCGGCUUCAAAGUUCGCUGUUCGCGGUAUAGUUCAAUCCGCUUCCAUGGAAUUGCGCAAAUACGGUAUUAUAGUAAAUGCAUAUGCACCUGGUUCCAUUAAUACUGCCAUGCUCGCGAGUAGCAGAGAGGCGGAUCCCAGCUUUAAUGAAGCCUCCAAAAGUGUCCCAAUCGCGGAGCCCGAGACCAUUGCCAGCAUCGUCUCAUACAUCGCCAAGCCGGAGUCUUACUUCGUCAAUGGUAAUGUACUUCCGGGUAUAUCUAGACGGCCGAUCUGA